AGGAGGGUGGCUGGCUGGCUCGCUGGCUGGCUGCAGUUUUGGUCAGCACUGGUCAGUCUUGCCCCACACGCUCUAUUAACCAGUGUUUCCGUAUUCCCGGCAGCUUCUCCCUGCACCGAGCACUACCAAGCAGCACCAGAGAGGCACGAGUACGUAAGGAAACAUCCGGGAAGGCGGCGUCUUCCGGAAAGGGGUGAGAGCGGCGCGUGCAGGGCCAGCAGGUGUUGCCCCGGCGAGGAGCGUGGUGCGUGGCGUGCUCUAUAAAUGGCGAGCCCCCAUAAUGGCAAAUAUACGAGUACAUGGUCCUUCAAGAGAAAACAAGUCACAUGUGUGUUUCGUGGUGGCAGUGGCUUUGUUUACGGCCUUAGUGGGGCAAGUUUUACAAGUAGGUAGCAUGUGUUCUUCGGGAGCAGCAAUGCACCGUAGAAUCAGCUUCUCGCCGCCGCUCGAGGACAACGACCCUCCCGUCCCACACCAGCGUCCCGCCAGGAGGGUCACUGGCCGCUCGCUGCUUGGGAACAAGAUUUGGUGCCGAGAAUGGGCAAGAUGAGACACACAGCCGCCAUCUAUGGGUGCACGGCGCGCGUCACGAAUCAUGACAGACGCGACAUGGCGACGCUCAACUCUCGGCGUGAAGCUAGACCACGCACGAGCAGGGAGGAGUGUGGGUGAUGUGUGCAGUGAGUCUGAUGGCACGCCAAGCUCCUGGCACUGUGGCAUUAUCCCGUAGCCUCCUGUCGCGCCCCCUCGGUCCCCUGAUAUUUUUGUCAAGGAUGACUCAUUAUAGCAGCAACAUUAAGUGACAAAAACAGAGCUGUAAUUUUAAGGAAGCCUACUUCUUCCUGGUGUCAUCUAUAUGACUCCAUGAUGCCCCUCCUGCUUCCAUUAUUACUCCCAGAGUACAGAAGAUAUGGUAUGGUGUAGGCCACUGGGCCUCUGGUCUUGCACCAAAAAAACUAAAGCAUAUACUAUUUACUCUCCUUAGAGGAUUAUGGCAUCUUGGUGGUGAGCCAUUGGCUGCCUCUCAUUGAAAUCAUAGUUCAAGUCUGAGCCUUGCUAAUUUGGCUCUUUAGUGAAGAGUUUUAUAAAAGGAGAUAAGUGGCUUUUGCCACAGUAUUUUUUGGGUAAUAUUUUUCAGAAACACAGACUAAAAUGCCUACAGAGAGCCUUGGAUUAGAUGCUAGAAUGGACGUGGACCCUAAAGGCUUUAGUCCCAUGUCAGGACCAGAAGAUAAUAUGAGUUCACCUCCAAGUGUGUUAACAACAGCUUCUGCAGGAUCCACUCCCUCUUCCAUCCCCUCUGCUGGGUCUACACCGUCAUCCAUUCCAUCAGCGGGAUCAACUCCAUACCAGUAUAAUACUCAUGAAGAUGUUGGGAUGAAGCCCAUCACCCCUUCAUCUGACCACCAGCCCAUCACACCAAUGACACCUGACCAGCCCAUCACCCCGGACCAACCCAUCACUCCUGAUCAGUCCGUUCCAUCCGAUCACCCCAUCACGCCAGACCAGCAUCCUCCUCGAAGUCCGGGACUGUAUGCAGAUAGUAUUAAAGAUGGGAUGUAUGUGGAGAAGAUGGAUGUGAGUCCCAGUGCCACCAACAGACACGCUCACCCCAGUGGCAGCAGAGGGAGUGAACGACGUGAAGAUUGUUCGUGUAUUCUUUGUGAGGACCACAGGAGACAUGCUAAUGAUCCUCAGCCAGAAAAUGAAGGUGAUAUAAAGUACAGUGGUGAAAUUAAGGUGAAAACAAAGAGAAACAAAGACUCAAAUGCACAACGGAAGCCUCGUAAGCGCAAACAAUCUGGGAAGAUGCAUUAUCAGAGUGAAAUUUCCCAAGAUUCUGAAGAGACUGGGAUCAGGAUGAAGAUAAAAGUGACCUUCCCUCCAGAGAAAGACAGUACUUGCCAUGCAGUAACAGACUCGUCCUAUGGGAACCGAACUCUGAGUGUUAUGUCUAGUCCGGGUGAGAAGGGGCCAGGGAAGAGAAAAAGUUCCCACAGUGGUGACAGUGACAACUCCAGAUUAUCACCUGGAGAAGGGGGAAAGAGAAGGAGAAAAGCAUCGGAGUUUGUGGAGUGGGGUCCAAUUCAGAGUGAUGUUGAUGGUGAGCCUCAGUCCCUCUGGGCUUGGAAGUUACCUGAAAAUGUUCUCUUUAACAUCCUGCACUUGGCCACUCGCUCAGUGGGAGCAAUUCCUCUUCUUCCGCGAACAUCAAGAGUUUGCAGAUUGUGGAGACGUGUCUCAGCAGACAAACGCCUGUGGCACACUGCUGACCUCGCCACAGGACGCAUCAAGCCUCGUCAUCGCAAUGAGAAGAAACUGUUGUGGCUGUUGGAGAACAGAUUGAGUAAUGUUGAUGACCUCACCUUAGCUGGAUGGAAUGAAGCUGUGACACCACAUCUCCUGCCAAGGCUGGUGCAGUUGUGCCCAAACCUUACUGGUCUCAACCUUUCCUACUGCCAUAAAAUCCAUUCAGAAAAUCUUCAUACUUACUUGUCCAACUGUCCAAAGCUCCAGCGCUUGGAUCUUACUAAUGUCAUGGCAUCUCAUAAGCCAACCCCUCGGUGUGCUGUGGGACAGCAGACAUUAGCAGACUUGGCAUCUACAAUGAAAGACAGGCUAACUCAUCUCACCUUGGCCAACAAUACUCUGUCCAAUAUGCCAUCACUCAUCAAAUCACUAUCUGAUAACUGUCCAAACCUUCAAACACUUGACCUGUCAAACGUUAUGACCGUUGGACGUGAUUGUGUCUUGAUCAACAUUGAGAGGUUACAAAAGGGCUGCACAAAUAUGAAGACUUUGAGGCUAACGAACUCAAUGGUCAGGCUUGCUCAGACAUCCCUGUCAGAACAAGCAUCAUCACCAGGAUUUCCUGAACUGGAGGAGUUAAGUUUGGCUGUGGAUGGUAACCUUAGUGUGGGUAUGAAUGAUGGAGAACUUGAAAGGGUCCUCAAAAACUCUCACAAGCUUCGUCUCCUUGAUGUGAGAGGGUGUAUGAACAUCACUGAUUCCUCACUAGUUCGCAUUCCACCUUGGGAUUUGGAACACUUGUUUCUUGCUGGAUCAACCUCACCCAAGAGCUAUUCCGACAGACUGGAAUUGGUGGUCCGAAAGUGGCAGCACUCUUUGGUAGAAUUAGAUUUGUCGUGGACAGCUAAUGCAGACAGUAUUGAUGCAGCUGUGAUGGCUAUAUCAGAAGAGCCUGAUAAUAAGCUCAGGUACCUGAAUAUGUGUGGGUCUUCAGUUACAUUCACUCCAAUACGACAAGUAUUAACAAGAUGUAGCCAUCUAGAGAACCUGAACCUGACUUCUUGCCGUGCCCUGCCACGAGGGGUGAAGCGUUUCCACGAAACAACUCAAUUGGCCACCCUUCGAGCAGACAUAGCAAGUGGUAAAUUUGAUGAGGCCCCCAAUGAGGAUGAAGAUGAUUAAGCCUUUGGAGGGGCCACUAGAUGAGAGCCAAAUUUCUGACCAGCUCAUGUGCCCAGUACAAAGCAAAUAUGGUUUGCCUUCCAGCCAGUGACUGUGAGGACUCCUUCAGAAGAGGAAAUCCUACAUGCCUGUUGAGAGGAAGUAGGCCUCACAAAUUGGAUUUAGCAAGUUGAGGUCAAAUCAAUAUUUUGAUGAAGUUUACCACAAAAAAUAUGGUACUGUAUAUUGUUUUGUAAAUGUUUUACAGUCUAUGAAGGGUGGGUGGGGAGGAAUUAUAUAUGAUGUUUAUAGUCUCACUAUGUAGGCUUGUAUUCAGUAGAUUGCCUCAGAUUAAGCAUUAUGCUCCCCAUAUCCUUGACAUGAAGUAGCAUUUCUGAAGCAUCAUGUGUCGUCCUUAUGGAAUACAGACAUGAUUGAUGAAAGUGUCUUGUAAUUUAUAAGAGACGUCAAGGAUUUAUAGCCACAAAUGGUUAUCAUGGGAUGUUGGUGUGAUGUUUAGCCUGGGUGCAUUUCCUAAAUUGGCUUGUAGGUUUUCUUGUUUAGUCUGUGUUUGUUGUCUUACUACCAGGUCCUCCAUAGAUAAUAAUUUUCAAAGAGUAAUAUCCUGCCAGUGCUAAAUUAAAUUUUUAUCCUAACAUUGCAUUCCUGACAAGUCACUCUUGUCUUGGAUGCCUUGGAUUAAUGCUUAUCAUAAUAAUUUGUCAUUGUUUUGUGUGAAUGUUUCAUUAUUCCUGUAAAAAUUCUACAGGUUUGCUUUUUCAUUAUCUGCAUUUUAUAUAAAUAUUAAAAACAUAAGUUUAUUAAUCUUUUCUUGAAUAAAUACUCUGACGAUAAGAAGUCUCUGCCAUCCGUUGUUUUAUGUAAUCAAAAGAUUUUACAAGAUUAGCAACUGGAAAGUCAAGCUUGUGGUAUGUUUGUUUCAGUAGAUUUAGUUUAAAGAAAAAUUGAGACAAUUUUCAUUGAUAUAAAGUAGUUAUUGAUUUUAUUACUAUGUAUGCAGAUCAUGUUCAUUAUUGCAUAAACUGUUAUUGGUUCUCUAAAUUUACUGUAUCUAGUAUUCACUUCACUAUUUGAAUCCUAGAAAUCAUGCCAUUAUGAAGUGCAUAUCCAAUCAUUACAUAUAGAUGAAAUAGAUCUGUAUUAUAUAUAUUAUAUAUAUAUAUAUAUAUAUUUAUAUAUAUAUCUAAGGUUUUUUUUUCUGUUAUUGCUAUGAAUGCAUGACAUUAAAAUAUUUAAUUCUAUUUAUCACAUUAGGUUUUGAAAAAUUGUUUUGAUAACAGGAAUUAAUUAACUCUGUUAUUGUAUAAAUUCCACUGCCAUUAUUUAAUUAGUAGUGCAAGUGAUUCUUGGUUUUUAGCAAGAGAAUAGCAGUACUCCUUUUUAUAAAUAUUGAUUUUUCAAUAUACCUUUGCUGUACUUUUAAAGUGAUGAGAAUUAAAAUUGGCAUCAAAUGGAAUUCCAAUAAAAGCAGCCAUAUAUCCUGAGGUAAAUUUUAUCAGAAUCUUGUUAUAUGUCCAACUUCUUUUAUCUUCUUCACUCAAAGAAUAUUAGCAUGGUUUGGCAUUAUUCUAAAAUCUUAGAGAAUUAGUUCAUAUUUUGCACAAUAGUAUUUUUACGUCCUUCUCAAGGACAUACGUAAAAUGUUGUGCCUUCCUGUGUCCGUGACAACCAUUUAUUAUUGGUCCAGAUUCUAGUUACCAUGUGGUAUUCUCUGAAUUUGUGAAUGUGGAGAACUCAAGUCUUAGUGAUCUGCUUGAUGACAUGAAUUACCAGCACUUCCCCAUAAGUGGUAACUGGAUAUAAUGGACUGUUUUAUAAAGUAAUGGUUGGAUGCAUUUUUUACAGUAUAUGAAAUUGAUCAAAUUUUUAUAAAAAAUUUACUGUAUGUAUCAGAGUUACUUUCAUGAAUGCUAUGUUAGUGCUUGUUAUUUUAUUUAUUUUACUAGUAUUCAUUGAAUCUUUCUUACUUUUUUUAAAUAGCUUUUUCACCAAAGUUAGGUGUGGUGUGUUAGAUUUUUGGCAUGGUCAAGUUGUAGCUGUAAGAAAACAUAACCCAAAAUGUUGUUCAUGCAAACCUUGUGCUGUAAUACUUUCUUUUUUGUGUGUGUGCUUUUGUUAAUGGGUAUUCACAACUUCCAAGUGAUUAAAACAAAAACUGACUGCAUCACUAUGCACAUGAAUUUACUCAGAACAGAAUAGUAUAUGGAUAUACUAGGGAAUAUACUCACAAAAUUUGUCCUUCUGCAUUAGUGUGACGUUCAGUAUUGGGGACUCACUGGAGCUUUACCAACACUUGUGCUCUUGGAGUUUUCCAGUUAAUGGAGGAAGUAUUUUUCACAAGAUUUGAACAGUAUACAGGCUCAACAAUUGAAACUGUAGAUAGGCAUCGUAAAAGCAUGGUUUAGAUUUGCCUUACUAUGCUCUUGUAUAGUCUCUCUCUCUCUCUCUCUCUCUCUCUCUCUCUCUCUCUCUCUCUCUCUCUCUCUCUCUCUCUCUCUCUCUCUCUCUCUCUCUCUCUCUCUCUCUCUCUCUCUCUCUCUCUCUCUCUCUCUCUCUCUCUCUCUCUCUCUCUCCCCCCAAAAGUACUGCUUAUAGAUAAUUUAUUUCAAGAUAGAAUUCAAGUUGUUUUUGCAGGUUGUUUUUGCUUUCAACAUCAAAAUUUCAGCAAUAACUCAAAAUCAUUUAGGAUUUCCUAAAAUAAGCUUACAGCUCCAAGCAUUCUGUUGUCUAUUAACUUCAUAUCUUUCAUGUAGUAUAUGAACAUUGUAUUUAACUCUUAUCAAUUACAGCAGUGUGAUACAUGAACAAUGAUCCGUGAAUACUCCGAGUCCUAUCAUUAAAGUCCUAUCAUUAAACUUUAUAAUUGGUUUGGAGAUAUGUUUAUUAGAAUAUAUAAUUGGUUUUUAUGAUAAUCCUAGGCAUAACAAAGUACAAGCAUAAAGGAUUUGCAUCUCAGAAGAAUUUAGUUUAAAGCUAUUAGAUGUGUUUUCAUUAUAACGUGCACACACACACCCACACACACAACAUGAGUUAACAAUACCAAUCAUGAUUAUUAUUCUAUUCAAACAUGAAUUUUGAAACAGUCAAAAUUGUAAAAUUCUGAGGAAUUCUUAUAAGUGCAGUGCUAAUAGAUGAUUUGUUCCAUAUCAAAUGAUGUAUCAGGUAUCCAGUAUUCAUGUUUAUAUUACAUAUUGGGGAUAUUAGAUUGCAACUGGUAAAUUAUUAACUCGUUCCAGAAAAUUAUGUGAGAAGUGUAAUGUCUUGUAAUUAACUAGGGAGAGUAUUUGUCAGUGGCAUUGGAAACAUUUGACGUCUGGUAUGAAAAUAUUCCGUACAUAGUAUAAGGCAUGAUAAACUCUUGACUUUUGUGUUAAUGAGUUGAAAAAAUUGCCUUGUUAUUUGUGUUAUUUUAUACAAUGUGCAGAUGUGUUAUAGGGAAUCCAUGUGUAAUGUGCAGUGUGAAGCUUACACAAAUACUAGUAUCACAUGUGUUAGUCACACUUACAGGCCCCAGUUCAAGGCUCUACUUUUCCCUCACAUGUGUGCAUCUGGCAGACUACAUUUACCAAUAUCAUACCAAUAUUCUCUUGAAAGAGGUUUAGUCAAGGUGAGAUCUUCAGAAUUUUGGAAAGAAGCAAAUCUGCCCUCUACAUUCCCAUCCUGCCCCAUCAUAGGGGGAAUAUAUAGACCCGCUUUUUUUAAAUGUGGUGGUAGCAUUUACUAAUACCAAUGUAACCAUUUUCAGUUUUUUAAACACUCUUCCAGCUCAGCACUAAGGGGCAAGGUCGACUAAACCUGAGGAAAUCGUAUUAGAGAUGCUGGGGAGAACUACCCCUCCCCAACAGCAAACCCCAAUGAUAUUUACCUGUCCUAUGCAACAGAAAGUUAUGGUAGAAAUAUUAAAAUGUACCAUGUUCCUAUGUGAAAGAAAAAUUGUAUACAUCCUCUAAAUUCAUAAAUUUUGGUGUUUGAAAUGCUGCAUUUGGGUGUGUUUGGGAGACUGCAUUUGCAGCCCAAGAGUAAUGGUUUGUUUAUGACCAGCGUCCACUGUGAGUUGACAAGUCCCGGUAUUAUUUUACUCUUUCAAGAGUCUCAACAUGGCUUUUUCUUACCCUUGUCAAAUAGAUCUCCUCAUUCUGAGUAAUUUGAGCUCCAUAUAUAUCCACUGCAAAUUAUUUAUAACGUUGACAGCAAUUUUUAAAGUUUAGUCAGGUUUAGUUUGGUUAUGGGGGAUUAUUUUUGACUGCUAUUGCUUUUAGAGCAGGCACGAUUAUUAUUUGUUAGUAUGAGGGUAAAGAAAAUAUCAAUAAUACUAUUAUAAUUCCCAUAUAUCAAGAAUUAUAAAACCCACUCAUCUCUUGGAAGGCAAUUCCACUGGCCUCGACACAGGCCUGUGUACUUUCAGUUUUUAAAAGUAACUAGAUGGAUCUUCAUUUUUCUUUUAAUACUGUACACAAAGGAAUAUCUUGCACGUGAGAAACACUCACUAUUAACUAUACUACAAGCCAAAAUAGGUCCGCCCUUCACCUCUGAUCAAGCCACUCAUGAUCACUCCUAACAUCUCUAUACAGUCAUAGAUUUCUUCAUUAUUAUAUGUUGUAUGAUGAUUCUGAAGGCAUAUAUGGAUAGAUCACCUCUUUCUUUAGCUAUAGCUGGAAGAAAAAUACAAAAGUUGAUCUAGUAAAUGAGAAGUAACAAGGUUUGACAACUUUUCCUUGUUGCUGAGGGAAUCAGAGCCGCCAACCUAUGUGGAAAGCUUAGUAUAUACUAACCCAACGUUGGGGCUUGUAUCCGGUGUUUAGCAAACGUGACUGCAGGGUUAGUAAAGGCAAAUACGACUGUGGGGCUUGCUGCUUCAUAAUUAACACAAUGUUUAAAAAAAGCGGGCCAUACAGGAAGGGGUCCUAAGCCCCAUCACUACUACUUAGUUGCCUUCGUGUCACAGUGAGUAUGAAGACAUGCACUCCAUGCCUCAUGUCUUAGGACUGGCUAUGUGGUUAAAAACUCUGGCUAACUGCACCACUUAUUAUAUAUAAACCCCAGUAGUGGGCAGUGGAUUCACUUCUUCCACACACACACACUAAUGUGGAUCACAUAAUAGUUGAUUGCUUGCUUUACCCCAUCAUACUGACUUCCUUAGCAGAUCUUAGUCUCUCUCUCUCUCUCUCUCUCUCUCUCUCUCUCUCUCUCUCUCUCUCAUGCUUCUAAUUUUUCCUGGAGACUUAACUAGAUACUCUUCACUAAUAGUGCAACAUAUAGCUUUUCUGUUCAUGUAUUCAUUGUUUGAAAGUGGAUUACCUCUUCAAAAUUAUAUUUGAAUAUUUAAUACACUUUAUAUUUAUUUGGACAAUCACAUAUCUUGGUGAUCCCUUCCCUCUUACAGUAACCAUGGAUUAAAGAGUGUGUACCAUAACCUAAAAAAUUGAACACUUGGAUGACUUAAGUAGUACUCAUUUUGCUUGGAACAUUUUCAUGUGUACUGCAUUUUGAGGAGCUCUUCAAAGAAGUAUUUUAAACUUUAUCAGAACAAUCUAAAUAUUAGUUGGCAAUUUAGUUGAAAUUAUCUCUGGGUUAUUUAAGAUGUAUCAGGAUAAGUAAAAAUUUCAUCUUUCAAAACAUUAAAAUAUGAAGUUUAUACUGCUAAAAUUCAUAACUUGUUAAGUGCAUCUAUGAUUGUGGUUUAUACUUGUUGCAUAACCCAGAAGUGCAUACAAUAGUAGCACAAUGGUGCUCUUUGCAUUAUAUUGCAGUCAGUGCUUGUAUUGUUCAUUAGCUAAGACAAUAAUUAUUUUUAUGCAAUAAGCCAACCAUGCAGGUCACUUUAUUUGUGUAAUUGUCAUUAAAAAAACAUAGGAUUUUCCUUUAGAUGUUCAGUUGACAUUUCAGAUAAUACUGUAUAGUAACCAUAAUGUACAUUCUUUUAGAAUAAGAAUGUAGCAGAUACACAUUUAUCCAUCUUUGCCCACAUUUACACCAUCAGCUUUCCUUGUACAUGGAGCUUGUAUAUAUCUGAAAUAGAUUUAGUUUUCUUGCUGCAAUUUCAAAAUUAUCAAAUGAAUAGAAUUUUUAAUGCUUAUAUUAACCAGUCAUGCUUAAUGGUAAUUUUCAAGAGAAGUGUUUGGUUUUUAUCAUAAUCUCAUGGCAAAAUUAAAAUGAUAUCAAAUAUCAGUGUUGAUAUAAAUAACUUACAAAGUUUAACAAAUCCGCCAUCAUACUAAGAAGUUUGUAUUGUUUCAUGAUGUUAAUUAAAUUUGGAUAAGAGAUUGAACAUGUAAAUAUACAGAAGGAAAAGUGUUACACAAACUGAUACUAUGCAAUUGAUUUGAUAAAAAUGAAAUUAUAAUUAGAAAUUAAACUUAAUACUUUCUUUAGAUGUGACAUUUGAUAAUAUAUAAAUGCCAUACAAAUUUUGAUGUAAGUAAUAAUGUUGGACACCACAUUUUGCUUUUAUGUUAACUAUAUAUUUAAUUUGUUAUGUGUUGGAGAUGUAGGAUGUGUUAUAAUGAGAAGGCAUUGAAUGCUGUUGAGAGAGUUAUCAAUCCAAGAAUCAUAACUACUGUAUAAAUGCAUGCUCCUUAUAGUUGAAACACCAAUAUUAAACAAGUCUCAUUAUUAACUAGGUUGGUGCUUGCUUUCUCAUUUCUGCACUUAGUCAGUUAGAUUAUAAUCUAUCAAUCUGGUAAUGACAUUCAAUUUGAACAUAAUAUUGAGUUAAAUCUUACUGAAAAUGACUAAGUAAAUCUGUAAAUAUCUAAUGUAAUUAGAAGAUACAUUUAAUUGCAUAUUAUGUAUUUACUGUCAGAGUAUUUAUUUUUUUGUCUUUAACAAGGCAUUCUUACCAAGAUAAGAGUGACUGCAGUCAUUACUCUUAUUACAGAUCUUGCUCACAAUUUUUUUAAUGCAGUAAAAAUAUAGUUAGCUUCCUAAUGGGGGGUUUUGGGGCUUAAAAAGAGAACUGUGAAUAGAAUGGAUGGUAAAGUAUAUAGUAUAUAUAACAUAUAUCAUGAGGCUUGUAAGUCAAUUCAAAUACAUGAAAUUGUAUAAUUUAAUGUUGGAAUGAAUAUACAAUGUAUUUUGGCAGUGUAAUGAUAUUGUAUAAGUGCCACUUAUCCAGAUUUUCCCACAAAAUCUUGAUUUUAUGAAAUUUUCUUAAUUUUAUUAUGCAGUCCUAUUCAACAUAUGAGUAUUGCCCUGAAGCAAGUAACCUUCAUUCACUUGAUUGAUUGCCAGAACCUUUAGUUCAAAGUGAAUUUAUCCACUAGUGUGGAGACCAGAUACAUAUUUCUUGGAAGUACAAAUACUUGUGUGUGUAUAUAUAUAUAUAUAUAUAUAUAUAUAUAUAUAUAUAUAUAUAUAUAUAUAUAUAUAUAUAUAUAUAUAUAUAUAUGCUUUUGAUCAGCCCUAUUGUUUUUUUUUUUAUUAGUUAUUUUGUUUGAAUAUUUUCUCCAUUUGCUGAUACUGUAAUAGGUAUGCAGUGACAAAAGCUCCCAGAAGAAAAGUAUUAGUACAGUAGUUACAUACUUUGCUGAAUAACACUUAGGUGAAAGUGACCUGAAGCUGUGGGGAUUUACAAUAUAUACCUAUAUACUUUUUUUCCCCUUUUUUCAGAAACAGAGAAAAGUUUGAGAAAUUAUUUGUGUUUUAUAAGGAGAAUAAAGAAGAGUCUGAGUGAUAUAUGAAUUUGGUAAAGCAAGAAGAAAGGAAUGACUUAGUGUAGCAUAAGUUUAGUAAAAUGGAGAGAUUAAGUACUUCUAUACAGUUUAUAGCAAAUAUUUUGAGUGGAUAGGGAUAAGAAGGAAUAGGAUUAGGAAGGAACAUAAAUGGUCAUUUAUAGUUAUUCUGUAGGAAGUGUUUUCUUAUUUAUAAUGUUAUGAAAAUUCUUGAAGAGUAAAGACUCAGUACAGUAUGUUGAAAGAUGUUCAUAUGCAGAAAUUGCACUACUUGCAUUUUUAUACAAAUAUCAUAAUUGAUAUUCAUAAUUAGACCUUUGUUAUCUGGAUAUGUGGCACACAAAUACAGUGUUAUUUUGUUAUUUAGUGUACUUUAAAUGCCAAAAUAUUCCCAAGUACUUCCAUACCAACUCCCCCUCUUACAAAUAGUAAUUCUUAGUACUGAAAUUGAUCUAUUCUCGUGAAAAAUAAUGGCAAAUUCAUUAUCAUAUUUGAGGUUAGAUUGCAGCUGGUUUUUCAUUCAUUCAUAUAAAUGUAAGUCAGUCAUAAGGUAUUUAUUUUUUUGCAGUUCCUUAUACUUUAUACAUUUUCAAGAAUAUUUCUCAUUUUUUCUUUAUAUUCUUUUAUGGCCUCUCAACUGCUUUAUAAAAGCAUGUAAAGUGUCAUUGUACAUAGAAAUUUAAGAGUUCCAGAUUUUUAUGUCGAGUCCUGUACUCAAGAUCAUGGUCAGUGUGUAUUCAUAUGCAAGUUUCAGACCUUCCUGACUCCUCUACCUAUUUCUUAGUAACUGCUUGAAGGCAAACAUAUGACAAGUGAAGGGUCUCAUGAAUAUGUUUUAUCUUUACAAGAUCAUAUUUGGUAAACUAAUUUUUGUAUUAUUCAAGCAAUAACUAAGAAUAUAGAUCUAUUAUAUGACUGAUGACUUAUACUGUACUUACAGGAGGUUAUUACAAAGCCUCAGUUAUGUUUAGAGUGGUAAAGCUUGUUGCGUGAAAUAUGUAUUAUAAAAUCAAGACAGUAUGACUUGUCAGUUAUAUCAUUCUCUUCACACAGAAUUUAUUUUAAUGUAGGGUCAGGGAAAGUAAUGUCAAAUGUAAAUAAUGCAACCGCCCACAUCCAGAGAGCACAAGUUACAAUGUGAGCUGCAAUUUGGCACAGGUACACUGAAUACCCAUGAGGCUAGUUACUUAUUUUUAUUAUUUUUUUAUCGUCUUAUUUUUUUUAAGCCUUGUGGCUAUUCUAAUAAGCAUGUUCUUAUCACUAGUCUCUAGCAUCUUUGUAUUUUGUUUUCCUGCAGUUUUGAAAAUGUUCUGUUUUGAUGGAUGUAAUUACUUAUGUAUUAUAGGUGGAAAUAUCAAAUUAAGUUUUGUUUAAAAAAUAAAAAAAAACAAGUUAAAGUUCACAAGUUGCCUGUUGCUUCGUUAUUUUUAAUACAUUUAUUUUCAUAUUUUGAAAUUAAGAAUAAUGUUAAAAUGGAAGAUCUGAUAUGCAUUUAAUACCAAACAGAACAUUGUACAUAAAUGUUCCCUUGUGUUUUCAAGGUCUUGCUCACAGGAGGAAUCUAAAACACACAUUGCCAGUGUGGCAAAUAUGAAUAAUCAGAGUGGACUUGGAGUUUAUCAAAAAACAAUAAAUAUAUAUGUAUAGCAUUGUACUAAUUCAGUAUGUUUAUUUUUAUACAGUCAUUAGUAAUGAUUAUCUGUGAAUUUGUAGUAUUCUGAACCAGUGAAGUUACUUUGUAAACAAAGGAAAAUGGCUAAGUUUUGUACAUUCUGCAUAUUGAUCAACUCUAAAACCACUCUUGUAAAUGAAACUUAGAAUUAUAUAUAUAUAUAUAUAUAUAUAUAUAUAUAUAUAUAUAUAUAUAUAUAUAUAUAUAUAUAUAUAUAUAUAUAUAUAUAUAUAUAUAUAUAUAUAUAAUUCUAGCUACAACCCUCCUGUGAACAUGAUCAUAUUAGAUAGAUAUAUUAGAAAAGAAUAUUAAAGUGUAUGGAUAGUU